AGAAUUAAUAUAUUUCCACUUCCGGAGUAAAAUUGUACGCAGAAAUCAGAAUCGACCCGGGAGCGUCGGACUCGCACUCGUUGGGCUGCUCGGGGUGACUCAGCAAGUCCACCAGUAAGUUCCACUGUAGCGUAAAACGACGGCGUAACGAGAGCAAAAUCCGUGCCCGAGCACGGCGGCUUCUCUUGCGGUAAAGAUUUGGUUUUUCUCAGGCGGCUGUGGUGCGCGCAAUUCACUGCAGCCAUGCCAGGUCCGGGUCCGCACAUGAUGUACGCCCUGGGUUCCGCCGUGGGUCUGACCAGCGUCUCCGGCGGUCGGUUCGGCCCGCACCACUCCCUUACCUACGCUCUCAACGCCUUCUUCGGCCCCGAUAUCGGUUCCUUCGCCGAGUGGCUCGCCUCCACCUUCGCCCGCGGCGGCUCCUCCGUCUCCUCCGUGGCUGAGCUCAUCCACGACCCCUUCUACUAUAUCUUGAUUCUGGGCUUCCCUCUGUCUCUACUCUACUCUUGGGUCUCUCGGGUUCUCCUCCAAAGGGGUUUUCUUGAUUCUUUUUCCGGGGCGCCCCUUAAUCGACGACAGUGUUUGUUUUUGAUUUCUGCUGGAUCUUUAUCACAUUUUUUCUUGGAUCACUUAUUCGAGGAAAAUGGGCAUUCGUCCAUGUAUACUUGGAUUUUAAGCACGGGUUGGUGGAAAGGCCGAGCACCCAUCAAUCCAGAUGCUGUUGUUGUCAUCGGCUUUUUAUGCUCUUGCUUAAUUGGUGGCUUCAUAUAUAUCAACAGGGUGAGGUCCUCAAAGUCUAUCAGAAAACAAUCAACUCAACAAAUUAAACUUCUUUUGGCUGUGGCAGCCCUAUAUAGUUUAUGGUGUGCAAGUCAGAUCUACUGGGUAAAACCCCGUCAGCCAGCAGUUGGUGAAGAGGCUGAUCUUGGAGUUAUCGUGUUUCUAGCCAUUUAUUUUUUCCUCCCCCACAGUUUAUGUAUCAUGGCAAUGAACCCAAAAGAUCUUGAUAUGGAGCAGCUACCACCGUAGCAGUACUAAUAUUACAAGGUCUUAUUUUUGAGAACAUCAAGAGGGCUUGUUUUGUUUGUUGAAAUAAGUUUUUUAUUUUCAUUUUUAUAUAAUUUUAGAAGUAUAUAUAUGAAAAUCUCAAGUUAUUUUUAAGCA